CGCCAAGCCCAGCAAGGCUAGGGUUUUGUUUGUUGGCCGUAAAGCCAGCGGAGAAGGUUGGGUGACCACGCGCGCAUAACAAAAUCGAGGGAACAGGGUAGUACACGAAGAAAAUCGUUCUGUCAGUGCGAUUCGUCGGUGGAUCAAACAUGGACAAGAGCAUGCUAGGAGAUCUGGAAGCCCUUCCAGAGGAAGAUAAGCUCAGAAUGUCCGCCAUGAUCGAUCAGCUCCAAAUCCGAGACAGUCUAAGAAUGUACAAUUCACUGGUGGAGAGAUGCUUUAAUGAUUGUGUUGACACCUUCAAGCAUAAAUCCCUGCAAAAGCAAGAGGAAAGCUGUGUUCGAAGAUGUGCAGAGAAGUUUUUGAAGCACUCCAUGCGUGUUGGCAUGAGGUUCGCAGAGCUCAAUCAAGGAGCGGCCACACAAGAUUGAGAACUGCAAUUAGACCAAGUCGGGUUUCAGCUACACUGUAUUUAGGAUUUUGUCAGACAUCGACCACAGGCCCCUUUAAAAUUCAAAAGAGUUAGAAACUCAACGUUGUCUGUGAUAAGCUCUUUUGUAAAGCAUCUUUUCCGGAAGAUUAUCUAAUAUUUUGCUUGUCCAAUUAUAUUGUGGCUGUUGCCUGUUUGACUAAAAAUUCGUAAUGAAUAAAUUUUGGUACUGUUUUCUUCU